AGGAGCUGGCGGUGACAGGGCCACACCACAGUGCUCGGUGCAUGCGACAGGACAGGACGCGCCAGAGUGGUGCUGUGAGGAGCCCCCACACAGCGCACUCAUUUGUGUCUGACCUGGAGCUUUUCCGAGGCUUUACUCCUACAGGUGACCUUGUGGAAAGACUGCGAGACUCGGUGGCCGUGGCCUUCCCGAGGCUUUUCUUUUGCAGGUGUCUGCAAGGCCGGACUGUUGGACUUGGUAACCCAGAGCUUUCCUGAGGCAUCUGCCAUCCUUCUGGCCUGUGCCCUCAAGUUUUCCCAAGGCAUCUCUCUUUAAGGUGCCCUCAAGGCCAGACUCUAGCAUGGCAGGCAGAUUCCUCAGCCUAUUCAAAGUGGUCAGGGGGAAAAGGAAGAAGGACACUGGAGCUGCUCCAGCGCAACAGCCUGAAGAGCCGGAGCAGUUCCAGCCACUGCAGGAUGAUGCAGCCAUGGACCGGACCCAAGAGCAGGACCCCUCCCUUGGCCGCUUCCGCAGAACGCUGAAGAUGUUCCGGAAGUUUGUGCCCAUUCAGCGCAGAAAGAGCAGUACCACAGCAACUGAGAGCACAGCCAAGCCUGACUCUGGGCUGACCGAGCUCCAGGCAGAGCCUGAUGUCAGCCCAGAUUCAUCUGAGCUCUCAGAAAAGUUUGACACCGCAGUGACUGAAAACUGGGAAGAGGCUUUUCUCAUGUCAAUGACUGAGGAUGUGGCCAUCACAGACACUAUCAGUGGAGAGACUCAGGGCCUGACAAAGACUGAAACCAGCCCUGAUUUGGCUGAGCACUCAGAAGACUCUGACAGUGCAAUGAAUGAUCACAGGCCAAGGACUGACGUGGAAGUGACUGAGGACAUGGCCAUCACCAACUCCAGCACUGGUGUGGCCAUCACAGACACUGUCAAUGAAGAGACUCAGGGCAUGACAAAGACUGAAACCAGCCCAGAUUUGGCUGAGUGCUCAGAAGACUUUGACAGUGCAAUGAAUGAUCACAGGGCAAAGGCUGACAUAGAAGUGAUUGAGGACGUGGCCACCACAAACGCCGACACUGGAGUGGCUCAGGACAUCGCAAAUACUGACACCAUGCCAACUCCCACAGUUAUUCAUGCUCCCUCUACAGAUUUCUUUGAGGAGAGAGGAUUUGCUUCUCAGCAGGUGCCAGUCAUGGUGAAAAACAUUCACCAGAGUCUCACGUCCCAUGUCACUGUGGGUGCCAGGCUGGCCACGAACAUUCUGAAGCUGGCUGAAAAACACCCUGUUGAUGUGGUGCUGACCCUCCUGCGCUGUGCCCCAUCAUGUGACAGAGCUGCUGCAAUGAUGUGGAGAACUAUCGCCUCGUCGGGACCAACAAUGAAGAAGGUGCUGGCAAUACUGCUCUGUGUGAUGGAGGAUUGGCCUCUGCACAGCAUGUGCACCUCCGAUGGGGACAACAAGACUGUUUUUUCCCUGGCUGCAACUCUGGUGCUCUGGGUGAUUAUCCAAGUGCCUGAGUGCCACGAGGCCAUGAUCCUUUAUUCCGCCCGCCUGUUUGUGGCUCUGCUGUUCCAUGUUGUCAUCACCACCCAGCAGAUGCCACCAGUGGAAGUUGACAUCUUCUGGAGAGCAUGCCAGGAGGAACACCGCCUUCCCAGCAACCCCAACAGGUUUGCAGUGCAGGCCAUGAAGGCUCUGCUCUGCUGUUUGCACUAUGAUAGUGAGUUGAUGGCUAUGGAGCGCAAGCGUGGCUGGGACACGCUGCUCUGUGCUGACACCCAGCACUAUGCCGUGGGUCUGUUGGCCAGGGAGAUGCACGGUGCCUCCCUAUCCUUAUGUUCUGGGAUUGCACUCCGCCUGCUCCGGCUGCUCAGCAGGGAGGAGCCAUGCUGGGAUCUGCCCUUCCUGCCAUUCCUUGUGGAGGUCCUGGAUUGCCUGGACUUGCGUGAACGUGGUGACAGCAUCCUGGAGAUCAUGUCAAUGCACCUGCAGAAUGAGUGCAGGCAGAGGCGUCGCCUGGCGCUCAGAGGCCUCAUGGUGCUCAGCAAGGAUCCCUCGAUGGCCAUAAGAAUGUGCAGCCUGUCUCAAAGCCUUCUGGAGCUGCUGGGUGAUGCAGACAGAGAUGUGCUUGGCAUGACCCUCCAUGUGUUCACUAAUAUGCUCAAGAACAAAGACAUUCUGAUAUCCAGUACCACU